CGCACCUACAGCAGCCCCGGCGGGAAGCGGGCCCAGCUGCUGGAGGCCCCCGACGGCUGCCCGGCCCGGGCCCCCUCGCCCUUCGAUUCCCCCCAGGGCUACCAGCACGUCAUCUGGAGCAGCGAGCCCCCCUUGCCGGAAGUUUCAUCUCCCUCUUUGAAGUUGACUCCAUAUUCCCAGGGCAGCAUCCGCAGGAUUAUUUUGGAGAACCCGGAACAGGAGCCACUGUCUCCACUUCUUAAAGGAGGAAAUAAUGUGAUUUAUGAGAAAACGAUCAGAAAAUAUGAAUUGCUAAAUCCUGAUCAGGAGAAGCAGUACCGGUAUGCCCUCCAGCAUGACCAAUGUAAUGUCAGCCCACCCCAACCCGUGGAACAUGUUCAGGUGGUCCAGCAGCAAUGCCAGCACACCCAGACAGGCAAUGGCUACGACAUAGGCCCAAUCUCUGUCAAUGAUGCUGGAAGGGGGAUUGUGAAAAAAGUCACCAUUCAGCCAUGUGAGCCAGUGAAGUGUGUUCAGGAGACAAAUGACCAGUUUGACUCCCGGUUCUUUGGGGAGCUCCUUGCCGAGCUGCACCACAAGAGUGAGGAGCUACACAACUGUUUACUCCAGCAUGUGGGAAAGCUUGGCGGAAGGAGAUAUGAAAUUGAGCUUCUUGAUCAAACAGAAGAUAUUGAGAGUUUGAUUCCUAAAGGACUUUCGGAAUCAACAAAGCAACAAAUCCGUUACCUGCUGGAGAUGAGAGUUACGGCCAAUAAGUCCCUGAAGCUGGUGCUUGCUACGUUCAGCAGUCUUAGAGAGGAGCUCAUUCAUCUUCAAGAUGAUUUAGGGAAACUGGAAACAGACAAGAUGUUGCUUGAGAAAGAUCUAGCUUUCAAACAAUCUCAAGUAAAAGAAUAUGAAACGCUUUUGGCAUCAGUGCGAGAGAAUAAUCGCCAACAGCAGCAAGCCCUCCGGGAGUAUACCCUGAAAUGCCGCUCUUUGGAGGAGCAGCUUCUUUCUCUCCGACACAAUGAUGGAGAGCGUGAGUUUCGGCUGAAGGACCUAGAAUACAGCAAACGGGCCCUGGAGCAAGAAAUCCAGAACCUGAAACUCCAGGCUUCCUCUAAUCCUCUGGGGCAGACCACCACUGAUGAACUCUCCAGCCGCUACGUGGAGAUGAUCAAUCAACUCAGAGAGGAUAAAGACCGAGAAAUACGCAGCUUGAGGUCCCAGUUGUGCGAGUUCCAGAAGGAUUUUUCGAGGCAGCAAGGGACGGACAUUGACCUCCAGAUGAAACUGCAAGAGUUGACUUUAAGGCUGGAGGAGAAAGAAUCUUACAUUAAGCAGCAAGAAGAUGAACUCUUCAGGUUGAAGCAAGAAAAGCUAGCCAUCAGUCCGUCUCAAGGACUAACCAAGACCAUCAUAACCAAAAGGUACAGGAAUCAGUACCCCAUCCUCGGCCUUUUGUCUGACGACUACAAAGUGACAUCAUCGCCUGUAAAGGAGUCGCAGACCAUCGUGAUUGAAAAAACGGGGGAAAUUUGGAAACAGGAAUGAACGGAUCUCCGGACAAGCUACGGCCGAUCAGAGGAACUCGUACAAAUGAAUGUUGUUACUGUACAUUAUUUUUCUGUUUCGUCUUCCUGCUCCUGCCCUACCCGCUUUCUGUUAACACUUGAGGUCUGCACGAGCCUGGUUUGGGGGAAGGAGGUUUACAAGCACAUUACAGGACGUAAUGAAUUUAGGGAAGGUGAAUGGGAAAUAUGGGUCUUAACCAUUUUGGGCUUAAACUGUUGAAAUUCAUUAUCUUCACCCUUAACUGAGACAGCUUGUCAGUUGGUUGAAGGCAUGGACUACAU